UGCGGGGUGGGGCGCCGCCUGCUUUGCAUAGGUUCUCACGCAAUCAGAAGGGCAGUAAAUAGUUGCAGGUAGAGGUGCUCACCUGGUGUCUGUAGGUGUGGGCUGCUGGGUCUUUUUUUUUUUAGUCCCGCUCUAGGGGGUUUGGUGUCUGCUUAGGGGGGAUUUCUUUAGUUCAGGUGCACUUAGAUCAGGGUUCUUCUUCUUCUUCGUCAUCUUCAUUUUCUUCUUCUUCUUCAUCAUCUUCAUCUUCAUCUGCUCCAACAAUGACGACGAGUCUCGACUACCUGGUGGUGUUCUUCUCCGCAACAUCUGGAGCCGGCGGGGAGCAGCUGGGCUCGGACGAGAAGGAGAUCAUCCAGCUGGCGUGGCAGGUGGUGGAUCUAGUCGACAAGAAGGCUGGGGCUCUGAAUGAAGUGCUGGUGAAACCCAGACAAGUGGAGCUGAGCGAUGAGUGUAAACGAGAGACGGGCUUCGAGGAGGAGCUGCUUUCUGCAGCCGAGUCUCUGGAGCAGGUCCUCAACCAGUUCAGCCAAAGACUUUGUAACGAAAUGAACGCUGGUGCUGGGGCAUCAUUCUGCUUAUGCACUGAUGGGCAGCUCCAUAUUCGACAAGUCAUCCACCCCGAAGCCUCAAACAAGAACAUUGUCCUCCCAGAAUGUUUCUACUCCUUUUUUGACCUGCGAAAAGAAUUCAAGAAAAAAUUCCCUGAGUCGGCAGAUCUGAAGGACUUGGAUGUUCAGCUCAUGGCAAAUUAUCUCAACAUAAAAGCCGACGUGCCAACCUGUGGAUUUGCGUCCCUCAAGGUCUGGAAUAUGGCCAACAUAAUUCUCGCCCUCAUCUCAGAGCCAAUCUGCCACAAGUUCUCCCACCCUGAAAGAGUAAACGAAAAAUUCGAGACUGGCACUUGCAGUAAGGUGGAGCGGGUGGAUGACAACACGGUGAUCCGCGCCCGUGGCCUCCCGUGGCAGUCCUCCGACCAGGAUAUCGCCCGUUUCUUCAGGGGUCUCAACAUCGCCAAAGGGGGAGCAGCGCUGUGCCUCAACGCCCAGGGCCGGCGCAACGGCGAGGCACUCGUGAGAUUCGUCAGCGAGGAACACAGAGACCUGGCCCUUCAGAGACAUAAGCACCACAUGGGGAACCGCUACAUCGAGGUGUAUAAAGCAACUGGGGAGGACUUUCUGAAAAUCGCUGGAGGUACCUCCAGCGAGGUGGCCCACUUCCUGUCCAAGGAGAACCAGGUGAUCAUACGCAUGCGUGGGCUCCCCUUCAACGCCACCGCCGACGACGUGCUGCUCUUCUUCACCCCCGCGUGUCCCGUCACGGGCGGCAAGGAGGGCAUCCUCUUCGUCAAGUACCCGGACGGGCGACCCACGGGGGACGCCUUUGUGCUCUUCUCCUGCGACGAGCACGCCCAGAACGCCCUGAAGAAGCACAAGGAGAUCCUCGGGAAGCGCUACAUCGAGCUGUUCAAGAGCACGGUGGCCGAGGUGCAGCAGGUCCUGAACAGGUACACGUCGGCCCCCCUCAUCCCCGUGGCUCCAGCCCCUAUCAUCCCCGUGAUCCCGCAGCCGGCCUUUGUCCCUCCGGCCGGAGUGCGCGACUGCGUGCGGCUCAGGGGCCUGCCCUACACUGCCACCAUUGAGGACAUCCUGGAGUUUCUCGGGGAGUUUACGGUCGACAUCCGGCCCCACGGGGUGCACAUGGUGCUGAACCAACAGGGCCGGCCGUCGGGAGACUCCUUCAUCCAGAUGAAGUCGGCCGAGAGAGCCUUCCUGACCGCCCAGAAGUGCCACAAGAAGACGAUGAAAGAGCGAUACGUGGAGGUGUUCCAGUGCUCCGCAGAGGAGAUGAAUAUUGUAUUAAUGGGUGGCACGUUGAACAGGAAUGGCUUGUCCCCGCCGCCAUGUAAGUUACGACGCCUGUCUCCACCUGCUUAUACCUUCCCACCCCCUGCAGCCGUCAUUGCCCCCGAGGCAGCCACCCUGUACCAACCGCAGGUCCUGCUGGCCCCUCGGCCCUUACAGCCGUCUGCUGCCUUCUACCCUGCCUCAACUCAGCUCUUCAUGAACUACACUGCCUAUUACCCAAGUCCCCCAGGCUCUCCAAACAGCCUGAACUACUUCCCCUCUGCAGCAGGGGGUCCGGCCCUGGCCACACAGCCCGGGGCUCUGGUCAGAAUGCACGGUCUGGCCUACAACGGCGGCGUCAAGGAAAUCCUCAACAUCUUCCAAGGCUAUCAGAUUCCCCCUGAAACCAUGACAGUGAUGAAUAACUUGUAUGGACAGCCCAGCAGCAGCAGCAGCAGCAGCAGCAGCAGCAGCAGUGAAGGCCUGGUGACCCUUCCGGCUCUCCUGUCGGCCAAGCAGCCAGUGCAAAACAGAAACCACGCACACCUCAGCACUUCCUUCCUGGACUUACAGCUGCUGUAGAUGGCGAAGGAUGGGCCAAAAAAAACACAUCAGCCAAUGGGAGAAGAGGACUCCCAACAGACAUGCUGAUGAGAUCCUCCCAGUCACACACCAGGAAAUUCAAAACCAGGAACAAAUAUUUACUGGAACUUUCCCAUUGGAUGUGAAUGUCAUCCUUAGGUAUGCAAAAUGUCUUAG